UACAGGUGGUGAGUCUUUCUUUGGCAGCUUCGUCGUUGUCCCGCUUCGCCAACCUAACGGUUCAAAAGAAGGAAGCCAACGACAUUAAGCAAACAUGCCAAACACCUUCUCCGAUAACGUGUCGCUUCAGCUUUCCUUUUCCCUUUCUUCCAUGCUAAAACUCCCUCCUUUAUUCUCAAUGCGUCUCUUUUCACGCGCCAUAAAUUCUCAAGCUACACGACACCCACCGUCUGUUCAUCCGCAGCCAAAUUGUGAAAAGCACCCUUCUUUUGCUGAAGUCACUCAAAUUGGCCUGAAUCUAAAGAGGGUUUCGCAUUGUUGGGCUGAUUUGACCGAAGGGGUUGUGGAGAAUCCUGGCGGAGAUGGAUCACUGGCUGAGCGAUUUAGAGGAGGGGAUCGACUACAUGUUCAAGAUUGUGAUGAUCGGCGACUCCGGCGUGGGAAAAUCCCAGCUCUUGAAUCGUUAUGCCAGGAAUGAGUUCAAUGCCAAAUCGAAGGCGACGAUCGGAGUUGAAUUUCAGACGAAGACGGUGCUCAUGGAUCACAAGGUUGUCAGGGCCCAGAUUUGGGAUACUGCUGGUCAAGAAAGGUACCAGGCAAUUACUACUGCAUAUUACAGAGGUGCAAUGGGUGCGUUGCUGGUAUAUGACAUAACCAGGCAAGAAACCUUUGAUCAUGUUGAAACAUGGUUGGAGGAGCUACAAAUGCAUGCGGAUAAGAAUAUUACUGUUAUGCUUGUUGGCAAUAAGAGUGACCUGGGUUUGAUGCGAGUGGUACCUCUCGAGGGAGCCAAAGAGCUUGCUCAGAAACGUGAUCUCUUCUUCAUGGAGACGUCAGCACUUGACUCCACCAAUGUAGAGCCAGCUUUCCUUGGUCUUCUUUCUCAGAUCUAUUUAACUGUCUGUAAGAAGUCUCUUGUGGCUAAUGGAGCAGAAUCGAAACUGGAGAAAGUAAAUCUUGAAGGAACAGAAAUUUAUGUCCCUUCAGAUGACCUAGAAGAUCAAAAGGGCCCAGAAACUAAAAGGAGGUCCCGUUGCUGCAAUUUUUCUUAGAACUCUCUUUCAACUGGAGCUGCAAGGACUGUUACCUAUAUCUCAUGAGAUUGUUGAUGGACUUAUCUUGGUUUGGUUGGCUGGCAUGCAGCAGAACUCAACUUCUGAUGGUUUGAUGAAAUUGAGUAGUCUAUUCACCGUAUCCGUUGGCGAGCUUUUUGCCAUGAUUAUUGCUUAGAGCAGCAUCCUGAGCAUGGACAUAGGACAUCAUUCUUUUGUUUUUUUAAAAAUAAUAUCUUAUAGCAUAAUGGAAAUAGAAUUACCUUAUUGCACAAUUUUGAUUAAGAUAUGCAUAAUAGCUUAUUACAUAAUGGGAAAAAAAUGCAUAAUACUUUUUCGGUAUUGGUUUGUCUGUUUCUUAUAAAUUUCUUGUCUAGUAUUUCAGGCAGAAAGGUAAACAUGUUGUGUGUGUGUGUGUGAGAAUUCAAGAACACGUUCCAGUGUAUGUUUUUAUUUAGCUA